AUGUCAGUUCAAGAGAAUGACAAUGAAGUCAUCUUAGUGCACCCAGAAAACAGCAAGACAACUACUAAAAUCCUGAAAUACGGUGCUACUGUUUUCUCAUGGACCUUAAACGGAGAAGAGCAGUUAUGGUUGUCUAGGGGAGCCAAGAUGGAUGGAUCCAAGCCUGUUCGUGGUGGAAUUCCGCUCGUUUUCCCAGUUUUCGGUAAAAACAACUCCGAUGAGCAUUUGAGCAAAUUGCCACAGCACGGUCUGGCUCGGAACUCGACUUGGGAGUUUUUGGGUCAAGUUAGUGCAAAUCCACCGGUAGUGCAAUUUGGACUAGGUCCCGAGUUUGCCAAUGAAGAGCUUACCAAAUUGUGGCCCUUUGAUUAUUCGUUAGUUCUCACCGUUGAAUUAGGGAAAGAACAUUUAAAGACGGCCAUUGAAGUGGCCAAUACGUCCAGAAACGAGACUCUCAAAUUCAAUUGGUUGUUCCACACGUAUUUGAAGAUCCCCGACAUAGAAGAAACCAUGGUUUCCAAUUUAAGUGGGUCCAAAUUGUAUGAUCAAAUGUUGCAACAAUCCUACGUCGACAGACAACCUGUUGUGUCGUUCCAUGAAGAAUUGGACAGAAUUUAUCAACAAGUCGACUCCGAGCGGAUCAUUCAAGUCGUGGACAAGGGUCAUCCAAUCCACACCGUUCAGAGACACAAUUUGCCCGAUGCGGUCGUGUGGAACCCAUGGGUGGAAAAAUCCAAAGGUAUGGCCGACUUCGAACCAAAGGAUGGUUUCAAAGAAAUGGUUUGCGUAGAACCGGGCUAUGUGCACGAUUUUGUCGUCUUGCAACCGGGCCAAACCUGGAACGCACACCAAGUCUUGUCGAAGGCUGACCUCCAAUAUCAAAUAGUAUAG